AUGCUGACUGUUUUCCCACCCCUUACCACCGCUUCGUCUGCGCCCUCGCUCACUUGCCCGGACGCUCGCCCUGGCGCUAAUCAUGCUCAUCCUAUUGUAAAAUCUGCAACACAGCCGCUCGACUCAUUCAAUAUGAAGGCCACUUCCACCAUCUCCAACAGGCCCUCUCGAAACCCCCACUAUUCCAAGGCCAAGCGCCCGUCUAUGGCUAGCUCCCAUGGAUCUCCGAACGGUAUUGGGAAAAAUCGACCCUCUUCCUCGACACAAACAACCCAACGUCGUGCCCUCUCCCCUACUUCAUCUGUCGAUGUUCUCAAACGCCAGCGAACCAUCCAGCUCAACGCGUUGUCCAGAGACAUCAAGAAACUAUUGGAGGAGGAGUACCGCGAAGAGGUUAUGGAAUAUAUGCUCGAUAUGGAGAAACGCACCAUGUCCUCGGCCGCAGCUAUGGAUAUGCAGCCUGAACUUCAAUGGGAAAUGCGACCUUGCCUGGUUGACUUUCUUAUCGAAGUCCAUGUCCAAUUUCGCCUUCGACCAGAGACGCUCUAUCUCGCUAUGAACAUCGUCGACCGAUAUGUUUCUAGGCGAGUUGUCUACAAGAAGCACUACCAGCUUGUCGGCUGCUCUGCGCUCUGGAUUGCUGCCAAAUUCGAGGACGCAAAGGACCGGGUCCCCACUGUUCAGGAUUUGCACCAGAUGUGCCGAGGCACUUAUGACGAGUCCGCGUUUAUCCAAAUGGAAGGACAUGUGCUGGCGACCAUCCAAUGGACCGUCGGUCACCCGACCGCUGAAGCAUGGCUCCGUAUUGCAUGCACGAGCGUGUGUUUCGAGGACACCGAGACACAGCACGUUGCCCGCUUCAUCAUGGAGACCACACUGUUCUACCGCGAGUUUGUUGAUUUCCCCCCUUCGGUGCUAGCCAACGCCUCAUUGCUUUUGGGGCGUCACGUACUCGGCAAGGCUCGACGAGCUCACGAGAUGACCCCCGAGAUCCUCGAGGCGGUUCGUGUGUUGGACGAGCUCUACUCGACCCGGAUACAAGAGAUCUCCCCGGUUCUUGUGGACAAGUACAAUCCGUCCUACUUUUCCAAUGCAUCGGCCAAGACUGUCAGAUUCUACCUCAACGGCGGUCGCUUUGACUUUACCCCCAUCCCCGUUCUUGCUCCUGUCACUCCCCUUCGCCAACCCCUCUCCAACCGGCCGAUGUCUGUGUGCAGUAACACUUCGGAUAUCAGCACUCCGAGCAGCUGCUCGGAGACCGAUGAUGAGAUGCCCAUUACGCCUCACACCCCAAUGUUCCCGCUGCACCCAGUCAACGCGCCAAACGCUCAGGACAAGGAGAACAUCCCUUCGGGUAUGACCGCACAACAUGUCAACGUCUUCAAGUCGUACGAUCAGGAUACUUCGAUGCACUUUGCUGCCCCUGGGCAGUUUAGUAUCCUUUACGGGCAGCAACGAUCAGCGCUUUCAGAUUUGAACGCGUCAAGAGGAUAA